ACGCUUUUUUAUUUGUAUUUUUUUUAACAUGUUCACGACUUUUUCUCUCUUUUUUUUAGAUAUCUUUUCCACAGUAAAUGCCCUGAUGCCCCUGUCACCACGGGGCAAACAAAUCACCUCAGUAGAGAGGACAGCCUUCGUCUUCCUGCCCCUGUGGUGCAGGGCACUGGCCAAUCAGCGUGCAGCAGACUUUAUUGCCCUUCGCUGCUCUUCUGCCAACUGUCGUAGAAUGAAGUGUUUCCUCUCCCGGCAGGAGUGCAGUAGGUGAGACGGAAGGAGGAAGGAGAAGCCGAACUAAAGUGACACCACUGCGCAGUUUUCACUCAGAGUUCCAGCAGGAAACCCAGAUUCUCCGCGGACAGAAUGACUUCCUCUCUGGAGAAAGCCAAGAACUUUUGCAUUGACGCGCUGUUGGCGCACGACGCGCAGCAGAGGGCGGACGGCGGCGAUGCGUCCCCGGGACUGUGUUUCAGCAGAAGUCCCGGGGACAGUCCGGUGUCAACCCGCGGCUCAGAGACUCCCUCCCCUCUCUCAAACCAAACCGUCCCGGGUCCAACUCCGGCGGGGGUUUUAUCCAAAGCCCGGCUCUCUUCUCCAAACUUCCAAACCCACCCCGGGUUCACUGCUCUGCACCAAGGAGGUCUCAUCGGGAUGCACCCGGGGUCCAUGUACCCGCUGACAGCCCUGGGGGGCCACCACCCCGCCCUGAUGUACCCUGGCUUUACGCAGUUGUUACAGUCGUACCCGGAGCACCUGAAGGGGCCCAGCCUGAGCGGGACUGUCCCGGGACUGGAGCCCUGGAUCAGAGCUGGAUUCAUGAUGCCUAAGUUUGGGGAGUACGGAGCCCCGGCCCCUGCAGGUCUGUUGGGGAAGUGUCGCAGACCCAGGACGGCCUUCACCAGCCAGCAGCUGCUGGAGCUGGAGAACCAGUUCAAAGUCAACAAAUACCUGUCCAGACCUAAACGGUUCGAGGUGGCAACUUCCCUGAUGUUGACUGAGACUCAGGUGAAGAUCUGGUUCCAGAACAGGCGCAUGAAGUGGAAGCGGAGUCGUAAAGCCAAGGAACAAGCAGCCGUGAUUUCAUUAACUGAUGCUGAAAGAAAUGAAAUUGAUGUGAACGAUGCCAAGGCUCACGGAGACUCAAACAGCUCAGGGCUGGAGGAUGAGGAGGAGAUGGAAGGGGAGGAUGAAAAGGAGGAAAUAGAAGAGCUGAGGGCAAAUUCUUCAGGCUCUUCAGGCUUCACACGGCUCCCUGCAGGGGAAAUGGGGAAGUACGGCACUUAUUCAGAGGAGCAACAGGAGGGGAGGGGGUCAAGAACAAGAUGUGGGGCGCUGGCAUUUUAAACUAUUUGGACACAUUUUCUCAAUGUAUUUUAGUGUUUACAGCUCCGUAAAUGUGAAAGUGAAUUUCAUGUCAUGGUGACACAGCAACACCACUGCAAACAACGAAACGUCACCUCUGUGUUUUACCAUCACCAAAGUGAGCAGG